UGAAAUAAGAACCUUAACAWCUUCUGGAUAAGUUCAUGRGUGAUAAAAAAUAGACACUGUUUAAGUGCCCCUCUCUGCAAGUCGCCGUGGGUCGCCGUGGCAACAUUCCAGUGACAAAAUACUUAUCAGUCAGCGGUCAUUCCUCAUCGACCUAUGGAUCAAGCAUUUUAUAAACAUUAAAUGCAGAAAAACGGACAGAAAAACGUCUUUGGGACGAGCUUGAAUUCCCUCAAGUUUAUCCUACAAAUAGGCUACAAACAUUUUAAGAUGUAGUUUGAUCAUUAUCAUCUCAGAAGAGCGCUGUUUCAAGCAAAAGAUGUCUGGUGUUUGGCAUCACAAAGGUAUUACUCGUCUGGAUACAGAGAAACUGCUUCUUGGUAGUGGUAAAGAUGGGUCAUUUUUGAUUCGUGAUAGCGAAAGUAUUGCAAAUGCUUUCGUUCUGAGUUURAUAUUUCAAGGGCACAUUCAUCACUACAGAAUAUUCAGGGAAGGAGAUGGUCGUUUUUAUAUGCAGGCUGUUCCUGGGGUUGACAACCAACAUUUUGAGCUAUUAGAACAUAUAGUAACAUACUAUAGUCAGCCGGAUAGAGGGUUGCCAUGCCAAUUGAAGUAUCCAGUUAUCUGCGCCAGCUUUGACGAUGAUGAAUCAGAUGAAGAUGAAGAUGAAGACGUUGAGUAUCCUGAAGAAAUGACAAAUGGUAACAACGACAGCUCAUCRUCUGCUGCUCAAAAUACUAUUAAAUCAAGAAUGGGUCAAGUAAAUAGUGASGGACUGGACCAAGACUUUAAGGAUGCUGCAGCUCACUAUUUAGGUGAACCACUAUUAAUGGACUUCAAAAUAGCAACAAGUGGAGGACAGACAUUAGAAGGAUUACAGAAACUCUUGGCCAAUUCAUCCCAAAAUCUUGUCAAGGAACUUAAACUUUUGGUUUCAAGACUGGAAUUUCUACAAAAUGUCUUCAGUUUUAAUGACAAAGACAAUACUCGAAAACUGAAAUUUACUGCAUCCAUGGAAGAGAAAUCCUUGCAAGACAUUGGCAAAAUUCAAGGAACAAAUGAAGGGAAAAAAGAGCAAGAAAAACGUACUCAGAGCACUCAAAGCAGAAAGUUUGAGGUCACUGACAGAAGUUCUAGUUUUAAAGGCAAAACGUUUCUACUGGUUGACUACAUUGACGGCAAAAUCUCUUUUCUGAAAAGUCAAAGUGAAUCACCAGAAUCAGGAAACACUAUUCAACACAGUAAAAUUUUACAGCUGAUUAAGUCAAGGACUAACAUUAAGAGACUUGGCAUUAAGAUUGAAUCAAAGCCGGUCAAAGAGUAUGACUUUGAUGACGGCAAGUCUCGUGAAGUCUUUUGUCAGCUUGUUCAGCAAGUCAAAAACCAAGACUCCAAGACUGUUGAAAAUAUUUCAGUGUUUGUUGGUACUUGGAAUUUAGGGGAUGCCAACCCMCCAGAAAACCUUGGAACAUGGUUCAAAUGUCAAGGUCAUGGUGCCACAAGAGAUGCUGAUGUUGCUAACUUUGCUUUUGAUAUUUAUGCCAUAGGAACACAGGAAUGCUCAGUGAGUGAAAACAGUUGGUUGGCAAAAAUAAAGAAUGAGCUUUGGGAUCUCUUUAAGAUUGACUUUAAAUGUAUUGGAACUUGCAACCUGUGGGGGAUCCGCUUAGCAAUUUUGGUUAAACCAGAUCAUGGAAACUUGAUAAGUCAUGUUCAGCAAUCAUCUGUGAAAACAGGCUUGGCAAAUGCAUUAGGCAAUAAAGGAGCUGUUGGUAUCUCAUUCAUGUUUAGUGCCACAACAUUGUGUUUUAUAAACUGCCAUCUGGCUGCCCGAAGCACACGUUUGUUGAGGAGAAAACAAAACUACCAUGACAUUUUAAAGGGCCUAAAUCUUGGUCAAAAAAGUGGUUUUGACCUGAYAAACCAGUUCCACCAUGUCUUUUGGUUUGGMGAUCUCAACUAUCGACUAGAAAUUGGCAUUGAGGACGCUCUGGAAUCAAUCAAGAACAAUACUCUUUAYAAGAUGCGUAAAGCUGACCAACUCUGGUCUGAAAUCAAAAAGGGAAAUGUUUUCUGUGGUUUUAAGGAGGAAACCAUAACUUUUCAUCCCACRUAUCGGCACAAACGUGGCUCAAAAGAGUAUGUCUGGGAAAAAGUUAAACGUUCAGGGACUCUGAUAAAUGUGCCAUCCUGGUGUGAUAGAGUCCUUUAUCACUCAUUCCCUGAGACUAAAAUAUUCAACACUUCUUAUGGUUGCACUGAUGACAUCAGGACAAGUGACCAUUGGCCAGUCUUCAGUACAUUUGAAGUUGGCAUUAUUUCGCAGUAUGCUGCGUCACCUACUAAAAGCAGUAAAAUUAGCCCCAAAGAUGAGUGUAAAAUAGUGUUUAAUAUGGUCAGUGCAAAGAUAAAGACAAACAGCAAGCCACAAUUUAUCAUUGAGUUUCAUUCAACCUGUCUUGAAAGCAUGGGGAAGAGCAAACAGAAUUCAGUGGUAAAAUCAGGUUUAGCUAAUGAUCAGGGGAAGAUAAGUGAAGCUCAUCCUCAGUGGAAUGCAUUUGUACUACCUCAGCUUUACCCAAUAAUACCAGACAGAAAUUACCUUCAAGAUCAGCAUCUAUUGCUGGCUGUCAAAUCAGUUGAAAGUGAUGAAUCGUAUGGCGAAUGCUGUAUUUCCCUUAAAGCAAUGAUUGCAGACACUUAUCAAAAGUUUGAAGCAAAAUUGACUCACUCWGGCGAAGAAACAGGCACAAUAAGUGGAGAAAUGCUUGUCAAAGUCCCAGCAGAUGAUACAGAAAUUGUCAGCCAAAGAGGGCUUAUCAGAGAAGGAGAUGAGGAUGAUGUCAGCACAACAACCAAGCCGGCUGGUAAAGUAGGAAAGAAUCCUCAAAAACAACCAAGAUACAGCCUUUCAGUCAAAGAUAGAAAUCCAGCACCACUACCAAAACCGAGACCAGCUUCUCAUCCUAAAGUUGAAAGCAGUUCUCCUCCGCCACUACCUGCUAAGAAUCGGCCACCAAGUGUAAUGGAUUUGCUCAAGAGAAUAGGRUAUCCUCAAUUUCAUGAUAUUCUUGUUCAAAAUGGCUUUGAUCACGUGGAUUUCUUGAAAGAUAUUUCAGAAUCUGAUCUUAAAAAUACAGCAGUGCCAGAGCAUGUUCGUAAAAAGCUUGUUACAUCAAUACAAGCAGUUGUCAAGAAUCAWUAGCCAAAGCAAUGCAGAACGAUUUAUGAUAACAAAACAGGCAACAGAGGCACUGAGUGAGCAAGUUUCAGCGGCGGAUUUAGGGGUGGGCCGAAGGGGCCGCAGCUCCCCCUUUUUCUUGAAAAAAAACUUAACAAGAUCCUUGUCAAUAUCACUGAAAAUGCUGGAGAUUGCAUUUUUGACCGUUUAAAUUUCAAAAUUUUUCGGGGGAGCAUGCCCCUGGACCCCCUAUAUAUUCCCACCUUCGGAGGUCAACACAAUGCAAAACCAUUUUAAGUAACCGGCCUCCUCUUUCUAAAUAUUCUGGAUCYGCCCCUGAGUUUUAGUUCUCUAAGAAAAAGCACUUGGAUUUAUUAGGAAAAUCUCCUACAGCCUCUGAUAUACAUAAUUAUAGAUUCUAUUACAAUUUAUCAUAAUACCUUCUAAAGGACGAUGUUGUUGAACAUAAUAUAGACUUCAGUUCCUUAUUAACUAGUAUCAUAAAAUUCUAAAAAAAAAUUGGGGGAGAUAUUAUAUUUUUGUAAGGGGAUAUUUUGUUUAGAAAAGUUCUUAUGUAUAGCRAUGCUCACUGUGAYGUAAGACUUUGUUGUUCAUUUGCCAACCAGAAGACGAUUGGAUGUUAGAACAAAGCGACUUGUGAAAAGCCAUUCUGACCAUGGUUGGCAAAUUAACAUAAGAAUGAGUUUGUUGAUAAACACUGUCAGAGCAUCGCUAUAAGGGAAACAACUAUUUACAUGGAGCGAAAUUUGACAGGUUGGACAUGCUUGGUUUUAUAGAUAAAGAGUCACUUUUAGAAUUUUAUGAUAACUUUAAAGUUUUACCAUAUUGAGAUGCUGGCCUGCCUGUUAGAAGUAAACAGGCUGCCCACAAAAAAGAUUGUGUUGAUAUUAGGUUUUUGUCUUUUUUGUUAUAAUAAUUAUUUACUAUAGUUAUUAUCCACUGCACUAGUAGUUUGUAGUAAAAAAAACKACUUACCAAUAGCCUGCUGGCAUUAAUGUUAAUUUUGCUAAAUAUAUAAUUUUCAAUCUAGUCUUUUUCUAUAAAUAUUUACUAUUUUUUUACCAAAAUACCCAGAUAUGUAAAAAGAUGAUAUAGAUGAAUAAGUCACAAAUAUAUUUUUGUAUUAAUAAGCACUAGGCAAUUGAAUUACCAUGACAAAAUGUAUUAAAUUUUAAAAAUUUGUUUUGCUUUGAUUUUGAUAGAAUAACAGAUAAUAAUAAACAUGGAGCUCAUGAAUAUAAAACUAAUAAAUUAAAUUUUAUUAAUAAAAACCUGAAAUGUA